AAGAGGCCAAUCCAUGAAUUGAAUGGGCUUUUAUGGUCAAAGGCCAAGAAAGGAAGAACACCCACCUCUUUCUUUCACUACAGAAAAAACUGUCUUCUUACACUCCCCCAAAAUUUUGCUGACUUUCCUCCUCUUUCUCUUUCCUCCCUUCUCUCUCUUUCUCUCUCUUCUGUUUCUGCUCCAAAAGGGUGUUCAAUUACUUCUCUCAUGGCUCCUCUUUGCUCCUCUCGAUCGCCCAAUUGAAGUCAAAAGAGAGACAAUUUGAUGCUGCAAUUUCUGGAUUUCUUCACUUCCAAUCAACCCCAACUUUCUUCUCCCUUCAAACUAAUGCAAAAAAUUCAAUCUUUUUCUCUUACCAGGCACUGGUGAAAUCAAUUCAUUACUUUUCAGGUUUCAUUCUAUCUGUUCUUACAUGAUUUCUUGAAUUUCACUUUUAAUUUGUUGAAUUAGGUUGUGGAAUUAUAAAUGGUUGUCGAAAUUUUUUUCUUGGGUUUUGUUGUUUUGAAACUCAAUUAAUUGGGUUUUCUUAUUUUUUUGAUGUUUAGAUGUUUUUAAUUGUCUUUUUCCAUCUGGGGUUUUCUUGAUUGGUUGUAAUUUGGUCUUUUUGGGUCAUUCUUGAUUGAUGGAAAAGGAUUAGGGUUUGUAUUGAAUUUUGGUUUUCUCCAGAAUUGGUAGGAGAUUUGAGAUGCUAUGUUGUUGAAAUUGAGAUUUUUGAUUGAAUUUUGGGUUCAAUUAGGGAGUUAGAGUAGGGUUUAUAAUUUUCCCCAAUCGGUGUUUGUUUGAGAAGUGAUGGCUGAUCGAACGGAAGAUUUGAUGAAUUUGGACUUAAAUUUAGGGCCUGGGUCUCCCCCGUCGCCCGUGAUAGGCCCGGGAACGGGGCCGUCAUCAGGCGAAUCAGUGAACGUUAUUGGGUGGGAAUCAACUUAUGUUAGGGAGGCUCUUAGGCAGAGAAGUAGGCAUCGGUGGCGUUGGAGGCAAGGCCAGCUUCCGUUGGGACCGCAUUCUCUGCGAUUAAUGGUUGAGCCGGAUGUUAAUGGUGGUGAUCCUGGUGUUGGCUCGGGUGUUGAUGGAGAGGAUAAUGGUGGAACAAUACUAGCCGGUGAAGGGAGUGUUACUGCUGAGCUAAGAAGCCAUGAAGUGGUCAAGACUUGUGAGAACAAUGUAAUUCCUGUAGAGAACGAUUCGGUUGCUGAGAAAGAUGUUGAAAAGCCUAACUCGGAGGAGGGCAGUUUUUUCGAUUGUAAUAUAUGUUUUGAUUUGGCCAAAGAACCGGUUGUUACUUGUUGUGGCCAUUUGUUUUGUUGGCCCUGCAUCUAUCGGUGGUUGCAAAUUCAUUCAGAGGCCAAGGAAUGCCCUGUCUGUAAAGGAGAAGUCUCGGUUAAGAAUGUCACUCCAAUUUAUGGACGUGGAAACCACAUUCAUGAGCCAGAGGAUGAUUUAGAUUUAGGUAUUAAGAUCCCUGGGAGGCCCUCAGCACGACGAGUUGAGAGCCUGAGGCAAACUAUUCAAAGGACAGCCUCAUCUUUCCCAAUGGAGGAGAUGAUUAGGCGUCUUGGAGCUCGUUUUGAAUUAACCAGGGAUUAUUUUCAGCUCCCAAAUGCUGAUGGUGAUGCAGAAAUGCCCACAAGGGCUUCUAUCCUAAAUCGGUUUAUGACUAGCCGUGCAUUGCUUAGGGAGCAGAAUCCUCCCAUAGCUCCUGAUGAAGUGGUUGACUUGACACAGGACAGACCUGAGAUCCUCCCUCGCAGGCUUCCACCUUUAACCUAUCGAAGAGGACAGUUGCAUAGAAGUGGUGCUGCUCUCUCACCUGCCGCCGCUGCUGCUGCUGCAGAUAGGUAUGUUGAUGCAUAUCUACAUCGAUCUCCACCAAGAAGGAGCCAAGAUGUUCAGCCACCACCAGUAGAUGACCGCGAUUCUUUCUCAAGCAUAGCUGCUGCAAUUCAUGGAGAGAGCCAAACAAUGGAUACAGCUGUUGAGAUAGAUUCCUUGGUGUCCAUCUCUACAUCAACCUCAAGGCGAAGGCAUGACCCUUCUAGAACCUCAGAUAUGGAUAGUGGGGAUUCUCGUGCUCCAAGGAGAAGAAGGCUAAACUAGAUGAAGAGAAUUUGGAUAGUGGGGAUUCACAUGCUCCAAGGAGAAGAAGGCUGAACUAUAUGAAGAGAAAGAUGGGUUUCGCAUCAUUGAAUGAUUUGGAACCACAAUCGCAUUUCAAAAGAACUCACAAUUGCGUUUUGAAAUCAACAAUACAGUUGACAUAUAUGUAGUCACUUGUAAUUGUAUUGUCUUUGUUGUGUUAAACUAGUAUGUAAUGGAUUUCUUAUUUCAAUAAUCAAAUGUAGUGAUGUGAACUUGAGUUAUACAACUUGUUUGGAGAAUUCUCUUGCCAUUGAUUCUUUGACUUUUCAACUUGCAAGGCAGUGUAAUUGAUGUUACCAUUAGGACAACAUACCAGCUUCAAAAUUGAUCUUAUUUAAUCUUUGAAGCUUGUAAAAUUUACUGUGUAUAAUGCAUUUAAUAUAAGGUCCAUUUAUGGUUUC